UAGAAAAGUUCGAGUAGAUCAGGGUCAAUAAUCCUUCGGGAUGAAGGCAAUCUUUCUAGAAGCAGACCCAGUACAUACAGUAGUGGACAACGACCAGGAAUGCCCCGGACGAUUAUAUCUCCUUGAAGGUCGUCAUGUUCUCAAACCAGCCACAGCAGCCCGAGACAACGACGUCUCCAAGGAGUUCAAAUCUGAUACCGUUGGGCGAUCAGUCCUUCAUCAGGAGCCGUUUCAGCUUGCUGGGUCCGAUUCCACCGAGAUCUGCGAUGAUGCCAUGUGUCUUGUCUUGUUCCCACCAGAUACACCUGGUCGUUCCAGCAUUUAGAGUACCGGGACACUCUGGAUAAUCGUUUCUGAUCGGGUUCGCUCGAUCAGCAGUCGAGUACAGGUCAUGCCGUGUCGUCUCACAUCACGUGACUGAGAUAGGGCAAGCGGCGGCAGUGAUUUGGCGCGACGGGCGACGCCACAUCCGCGUCAUUAAGCAUUCAUGAAUCAUGGGUAGAUGUGCUAUCUUAUGUACGGGAGCUUGAUCCCUGUUGAAGAGGAUUGCCAGCUACCAAUGUGUACACCGGUCGCGUUCGAGGCGUUCGAGAGUUGGUGUUCAUAAAUCGGAUAUGGGAGUGG